GCAGGAGAGCCCAACUCGUGUUGCGCAGGCGUCUGUAGCAGGUUGUCUUCCCCAGUAGCAGCACCCAGCACUUUAUUAGUUCAGGUAUGAUUGAGUGGGACAGUGAUAGUUACUGUAAAGGCAAGAUCAUGACCUCCUCCAGUUACUACUGUACUAGUAGCACCACCAUUCAAGUGACCUCCCAGCCUUCCCGUUCUAUCCUCCUCAGAAUUGCGCCCGCUACAGAGUGACUCAGGUCUCACAGCCUCUUUGUCCACCGUCACAUCCAGUAACACUACCAGGUAUCACCUGUACAUACCCCAGCGCUCAACCAAACCGCAGGCACGCGAGGGUUGGACUGUUCUGAGUCUGACUGCGCCAGCCUUGUCUUUCCCCUCCACAGAAACGCACACCUACAUUUUGAUCUCUGCCACUGGCAGUGACCAUCUGUGGGCUUCCGCAAUCUCAACAUACUAGUAUCGAUACCCUCCAGCCAUGUCUCGCUAUCGGCCUGAUCCUCGUUAUUCCGAGGGCAACCUGCCCUACCGUGAACCGCCUGCCCAACGCUGGGACACCGAUCGUUUCGCACGAGAACGAGAGAUUCGAGCACCGCCUGUCAUUGACCAACGUCCGCCUUAUGCCGACUUCCCCCCUCGGCGGGCGCCGGUCUACGAAGACCAGCGAUAUUAUGAAGAAGAUAGAUAUGGACCGCGUGGAACGACGCAGCGCAAGUACUUUGAGGAGACCGACUACUAUGAUCCAAGGGGUCAACGAGGCCAAAUGGUCCCAUAUGCGCCCGAGCGUCCAGCCAGGCCCGAACCACCGCCACGGCCCGGCCUACUUCGCCGCCAGUCGAGCUUGGACACUUUCGAUCGCCAACCCGCCCGACGCUACCGCGAUUACGAUGAUGACUAUGUUCCCCAAAGAGCCCCUCCUCCGAGAGAACUGAUUCCUGUGCCAGUGCCAUCGCCCAGGCGACAGCCCCGGUACGACGACCGAUACUAUGAUGAUGUCCGCGUGCAAGAUCCCGACCUUUACGGUGAUGAUGGCUUCAGAGAAUAUCGUGAGCGGGAGUGGGUCUCGCGUCGGAGACGGAAUAGCAGCCCAUCACCUGAUCGGCGAACGAUGAGAGAGGAAUUCUUCGAAGAGGUCAAGGAGGAGAAGGAAGUCAAGCAGUACCCUCGCCGUGGCAAGACGCGCAUGCCAAAGAGACUCGUUCACACCAAGGUCUUGUAUGACUUGGGAUAUCCGUACUACGAGGAGGAUGAGCGUACUAUCAUCAUUGAGAAGGCUCUUGGCCCGGAAAACAUCGAUGAAAUUUUCGCCAAAAGUAAAGAAUAUCGUGAACGUGAAGUCUCCACUACCCGGCUCAUUGAGGCUCCUCCAAGAUCCUCCCGCCAUGGAGAUUUUGUCAUUGAAAAGUCGGAAAAAGUCGAGGAAAUUAAGACUGUACCGUUGACACAGGCUCCACGCUCGGUUCGUGAGUGGGAUGCGCUUUCAGUUCGUUCGCCUUCGCCUAAAUCCCAUCGGUCACGCUCCCGACGCCGGCGAUCUUCGCCUGGCCUUGUCAAGGAGACAGUGGUUGAGAAGAAGGAAGUGGUCAAGGAGGUUUCACCCGCACGCACGCACCGCUCAAGCACCACCCGGCGGAGAGGCUCCUCUGUCAGCGAUGAAACUAUCAUUGAACGCAAGAUUGUACGGGAAGAUGAGUUCGAGGACUCCAACUCCGUUCACGUUGGCCCACUAGCACUUGUUGUUGAUCGAAAGCCACAACGCAGCGAGCGUGACAUCAAGGAAGAAAUCCGCAGCCUCGAGGCAGAACGAAAAGCCCUGCGUCGCGAGAGGAGAUACGAACGCGAUCCCGGUACAGAAAUUGUCAAGGUCGAGCGGGUUCGCGAACGAUCACCAUCGCCUCGUGGGGAAGUGAUCAUUGAACGCCGUGGUGAUGAAAUCUUGGAAGUCAAGAAAGACCGGCGAGGUCGUUCACGCUCUGUCGCUGCUCCCAGUCCGGCAAUCAUCAAAGCUAUGAUGGCGACAUUGACCUAAUGGUCUCAUUUCCGCAAUUAUCUCGGCAGCUUGCGAGGAAAAUACCGGAUUUGCGCGCAUACAAGGUCAGCUGUCAUUGAAUCAAUGCUCAACUCAAUGGGGUCGGGGAUAACAGCAAACAUUUGGUAUGGCGCUGAAGACGAGGCGACAGAUGAAAACAGAUGAAUGGACUAUCUAUGAUCUUUAGUCUUGAUUGCACAGUGACGAAUUUCUUUGGGUUUUCAUGAUUUCGGCAGGAGGUUUUAUGAAGAUGUCUUGUUUCUGGAUGAUAGACACGGCCGCAAAGAUUCAUGAUAGGUUUCACUCACAAGAAGAUCAAGCGAUAUACUGUAGUAAGCUUGGGCUGUAAACUGGGUGCGACUGUACCCUCACUAGUGAAGGACAGAUACUACUACCAGGUAGGUACCUAGUAAACCGC